AUGAAGCAAUGGGUAGUCGAGAACAAGGACAAUGGCUUCGACGGCCUUGUCUUCAAGGACGCGCCCAUCCCAACUGUCGGUGAGACAGAGGUGCUGGUCAAGCUUCAGGCUGCCUCGCUCAACUACCGAGACUUGAUCAUUCCAUUGGGCAAAUAUCCCUUCCCUUGUGGUUACCCUGUGAUCCCCGGCUCCGACGGCGCUGGCGAGGUCAUCGAGGUAGGCUCCAAGGUCAGGGAGUUCAAGAAGGGCGAUCAUGUCGCGACACUCUUCAACCAAGGUCACCAAUAUGGCCCGAUCGAUAUUCCCGCCACACAGACCGGACUAGGCGGCGCAAUCGACGGCACUGUUCGCGAAUACGGCGCUUUUGAAGAGAAGGGUCUUGUCAAGGCUGCGAAGAACCUAUCGCCAGUUGAAAAUAGCACCCUGACAUGCGCGGCUCUGACAAGCUGGAAUGCGCUGUACGGCCUCAAGCCAUUGAAGCCAGGCCAGGUUGUUCUAGUCCAGGGAACUGGCGGCGUGAGCAUCUUCGGUCUUCAGUUUGCCAAAGCUGCGGGUGCGACCGUGAUCGCCACGACCUCAUCCGACCAGAAAGCUAAGAAACUCAAGGAACUGGGCGCGGAUCACAUCAUCAACUACAAGACCGAUCCCAACUGGGGCGAAACUGCUCGUGCGUUGACCCCGGACGGUGCAGGCGUGGACCACAUCAUUGAAGUCGGUGGAAGUGGCACCCUGAAGCAAAGCUUCAAGGCGAUCAAAUAUGAGGGAGUGAUCAGUGUGAUUGGAUUCUUGGGUGGUGUCAGUCCUGCUGAUCAGCCCAGCGUUCUGGAUACUCUGAGCAACAUCUGCACGGUUCGCGGGGUUUAUGUUGGGAGCAAGGCGCUGAUGCGGGAUAUGAUUCGCGCGAUCGAAGCCAAUGAUAUUCACCCUGUUGUGGACGAUAAGGUCUUUACUCUGGCUGAAACCCGGGAUGCCUAUGAAUACAUGGUAAAUCAACCCUGGGAAGCUCAAAUCUGGCAUAACAUCUCCGGUCUAGACUGGACAGCUCUGCCACUGCACAAAGCGAAACACUCAGCCGCACCUUUGCUUAGUGGAAAUGACGCAGAAUAUAAUUACCAUCGCCACAUAUUCACAGGACAAAUUCAACUCCCUUCAUUCGGUGGCCAUGCACAAUUCACGGUCCGCUUUCGCACAAGCCUCGACACCGAUUGGCAGUGGGUAAAUCCUCAUCAUUCAGUCGGUGACGGCGAAAUCGUAUACACUGCCCGUGAAUCCGGGAUCAAGAAAGCGCUUUCGCCGUACUUCCCCUCCCAGGUUCGGAAAGAAGAGCUCGCAAAAUAUAUCAUCAAUCUUUCGCCGGAUAUGCAAGUCGAGUCACGGACCAGCGAGGCCCCCGGUUCUCUAUUAUGGUCAAUAUCAGGAAAUGUGUCUGCUGCAGCAAAUGGGGCAUCCGGAAUCAGUACUCUUCCUCUUGGUACCCCUUCGUCAAUUAUGAGGAACUUUUCCUUGGUGCGGGUUUGGAGUCCGUGGCUGGGGCCACGACAUGGUAGAGACUGGUUUGAGUUGACGGAAGAUGCGAUACUAUGUUCUUUCCUGCGCAAAGAUGGUCUGAAUCUCGUUUUGCUAGCAAUUUCCGGUGUCAACGAUAUAUUAACAGUUUUCCGGUCCGGCGAGAAUGGCGAGGUCUUGAUCAAGGCCAGGAACGAUAAUACGAAACCCACCCAAUUCAAUGUCUUGGCUGCUGUUGCGGAAGACUUUGAAGUCGCUAUGUCUGCUUUAAUCUAUGAAUCGCGGAAGCUGGUCAAGCCAUUUUCAGACCCUUCAAUGGAUGAUUGGGAAGAGACGUCUCCGAUAUCUCCUCUCGAUGAUGAUAUUGUCAUUGUUGAAAAAGACCCGAAGAUACAAUGGCUCGCUGAGUGGUUUGAUGGCUUGACAUUCUGUACUUGGAAUAGCCUGGGACAGGAUCUAACGGAGGAAAAGCUUCUCCAAUCCUUGGAAUCUUUGAAGUCUCACGGUAUCAGCAUCUCGAAUCUGAUUAUCGACGACAACUGGCAGAGUCUCGACAACGAAGGCGAGUCCCAAUUCAGAAGACGGUGGCAGCGGUUCGAGGCAAACGAAAAAGCCUUCCCACGCGGUCUUAAACGAACUGUUGACGAAAUUCGCCAGAAACACCCUAAUAUUCAGCAUGUGGCAGUUUGGCAUGCCUUGUUCGGCUCCAAUGGCCCGAUUGCACAAAACAUUCCCGAGGGCAAGAUUCUUGCCAUAGAUCCCGAUGAUAUUCAGCCAUUCUACGAGGACUUUUAUAGUUACCUCAACACUGUCGGCGUUGAUUCGGUCAAAGCGGACGCCCAAUUCUUCCUCGACCUCCUUGAGAACCCAGAAGACCGGAAGAGAUUCACAACAUCGUACCAAGAUGCGUGGUCAAUUGCCUCACUUAAGCACUUCAACACUCGAUCGAUAUCCUGCAUGUCCCUCGUUCCGCAGAUCAUGUUUCACUCCCAACUCCCGAACAACAAGCCAACCAUUCCACUUCGAAACUCAGACGACUUUUUCCCCGAGGUCCCAGCUUCUCAUCCAUGGCAUAUUUUCUGUAACGCACACAACUCAUUGCUCACGAGAUAUCUAAACGCCCUUCCGGACUGGGACAUGUUCCAAACCGACCAUCCUUACGCGUCCUUCCACGCUGCUGCACGGUGUAUCUCCGGCGGACCGGUCUACAUUACCGACGAACCUGGCAAGCACGAUUUGAAGCUCCUCGAUCAAAUGACAGCACCAACUGUUCAAGACACCACUAUAAUUCUGCGGCCCAGCGUCAUUGGCCGUACUAUCGACGUCUAUAACGACUACAAUGACGGACAGAUUCUGCGUGUUGGAAGCUACACAGGCUGGGCAAAGACCGGCAGUGGAAUCUUAGGCCUCUUCAAUCUCAAACCUGCAGAUACCUCCUGCAUGGUCUCGUUAAUUGAUUUCCCGGGAAUCCACAAAGACUCCGACAGUCAAUACGUGAUUCGCUCCCACACCAGCGGCAAGGUCACUGAGCAAAUGCAUCUAGCUGCCUCAAGUGACCGUCAAUCGGUUGUAUCCAUCAUUUUGCAGGAUAAGGGAUGGGAGAUUCUUACGGCUUAUCCUACCUAUUCCUUCACUCUGAAUGGAAAUAUUCGGUCUACAGCGUCGCAGGGUGUUCUGACAAAUGUGGCUGUGCUAGGCCUCCUUGGAAAAAUGACCGGCGCGGCUGCAGUGAUGAGCUCUGAUAUCUUCCUGGUGGAGAAUGGCCGACUGCGAUUCGAUAUCCAUCUGAAGGCAUUGGGGACAUUGGGGGUUUACUUUUCCAAUCUGAAGGACUUGAACAUUAACCGCAACUUCAUGGUGAUGAUUUUGGGGAAACCCAUCCCACCAAAGACGGUUUGGAAGGAGGGUGGGGAAAAUUCCACUGUCCUCGCGAUUGAUGUACUGGGUGCUUGGAAGUGUAUGAAGCUGGAUAGUGGGUGGAGCAAUGAGGCGCUCAUUCAGGUCUUUGUAGGUUAG